GAGGGGGAGAGAUUGAUCGUUCGUCCUGGGCCUCUCACAUCCCAUCGGAGAACCACUUCCAUUCGUUGCUGUUCCGUUUGGAUUACAGCUUGCAAGGAUUGGGAUCAUUUGGGCUCUGUUUUGAGUUCUUUUGCAUUAUUUGUGUGUGUGUGAGAGAGAGAGCGGUGCUUUGAUCUCAUAAGAGACGACGAGCAGAAUCGGCAGCAAGCACCAGGAGUCCCAUCUCCAAAUAUCCCGUCCGCGUUGACACGCGGUGCGGCAUCACGCGGACGUGAGCGGGCGCAGGGUCUUGGAAGUGUGCAGCGGCGUAGCAGAGGAGUGACAUAUGUCUGCAGCUCUCACUCGCACUCAUCAGCUCUGACGUGCUGACACACCAGUUCAAGCUGAGCAGUCACCAUGAACGGCGGCGUUUGCUUUUGUAUAUGAGGCAGUUUGGGCUUGUCAUGGGGCUGAGCGGAAGGAGAGAGUGACAGAGGAACAGUGAUGCUACUGUUUACAUAACAAGACAUUCACACACACCCCACACACACACCCCACAUGAACACACACUGGAAUGGCCAGUAAGGGACACACAAACGCUUAAACACACAGACGCAAAGGGAAUGACGCCAAGUGACUCACCGCACACUCAGAGGCACUGAAUGAAACACACGCAUACACAAAAGAGGGAAAAGUCAUUUGCAAGGGUCAGGGUGUGUGUGUGCAAUGUGUUUAAGGGCCAAGCUGCAUGAAAGCACUGGAUACCACUGAAGGUUCUUAAACCUGCAUCAAACGCGCAUCGUCUAAACUCAAGCCGUCAUGCCCGAGCCGAGGAGGAGAAGAGGAGCGCCCCCACGAGACUCCUCUCUCCUCGGGCUGGUCUAUUUCUGCCUGCUACACCUCAGCCUCUCGUCGGCCCAGCAGACGGUGCCCGUGGUGUCCACUGCGCAGGGGCGCAUUCGGGGCGUCCUGACACCACUGCCUUCGGACCUCCUGGGCCCUGUCAUCCAGUAUCUCGGGGUACCCUAUGCCAGGCCCCCGACCGGAGACCGCCGGUUCCAAGCACCAGAGCCGCCCCUACCCUGGCCAGGAAUUCGGAACGUGACCCAGUUUGCGCCGGUUUGCCCGCAGUCGCUAGAUGAGAGGAGCAUGCUGGGAGAUAUGAUGCCCUCAUGGCUCACGGCCAACCUGGACAUAGCUGCCACUUACUUGACCCACCAGAGUGAGGAUUGUCUAUACCUCAACAUCUAUGUGCCAACCGAGGAAGACAUCCACGAGGAGGGCGGGCAGAGGCCCGUGAUGGUGUACGUCCAUGGCGGCUCAUACACUGAAGGAACCGGAAAUAUGAUGGAUGGCAGCGUGCUGGCCAGUUACGGCAACGUCAUUGUCAUCACGCUCAACUACCGUCUGGGCGUGCUAGGAUUUCUGAGCACAGGGGACCAGGCCGCCAAGGGGAACUACGGCCUGCUGGACCAGAUCCAAGCCCUGCGCUGGGUCAAGGAGAACAUCGCAGCAUUUGGAGGAGACCCCAACAGGGUGACCGUCUUCGGCUCUGGAGCCGGAGCUUCCUGCGUCAGUCUUCUCACUUUAUCCCACUACUCUGAGGAUUUGUUCCACAGGGCCAUCAUCCAGAGCGGCAGCGCUUUAGCCAGCUGGGCCGUCAACUACCAGCCCAGCAAGUACGCCCGGCAGCUGGGGGAGCGGGUGGGCUGCGGCAUCGACGACAGUACCCAACUGGUAGCCUGCCUCCAGGGCCGCAGUUAUCGGGAACUGGUAGAGCAACACGUCACGCCCGCCAAGUACCACACGGCUUUUGCCCCAGUCAUCGACGGCGACGUCAUACCGGACGACCCGCAGAUCUUGAUGGAGCAGGGGGAGUUCCUCAACUACGAUGUCAUGCUGGGGGUCAAUCAAGGCGAGGGCGUCAAGUUCGUGGAGGGCAUCGUAGACUCUGAAGAUGGCGUCACGGCUGAAGAUUUUGACUUUGCCGUGUCGGACUUUGUGGAUAGUCUUUACGGAUACCCAGAAGGACGCGACACGCUUAGAGAAAGCAUCAGGUUCAUGUACACGGACUGGGCUGACCGUGACAACGCGGAGACCCGACGGAAGACGCUAGUGGCGCUGUUCACAGACCACCAAUGGGUUGCUCCGGCCAUCGCCACAGCGGACCUUCAUGCUCAGUAUGGCUCACCUACCUACUUCUAUUCCUUUUACCACCACUGCCAGAGUGAAGCAACGCCUCCCUGGGCAGACUCUGCACAUGGCGAUGAGGUGCCCUACGUGUUCGGUGUGCCCAUGGUGGGUCCCACAGAUCUGUUUAACUGCAACUUCUCCAAGAAUGACGUGAUGCUCAGCGCCGUAGUGAUGACCUACUGGACCAACUUUGCCAAGACGGGGGACCCCAACCAGCCUGUUCCCCAGGACACCAAGUUCAUCCACACAAAACCAAACCGCUUUGAGGAGGUUGCCUGGUCCAAGUACACCCCAAAGGAGCAACUCUACCUCCACAUCGGCCUGAAGCCCCGUGUCAGAGACCACUAUCGAGCUACCAAAAUCUCCUUUUGGCUUCAGCUGGUUCCUCACUUGCAUCACGUCAACGAGCUACUCCAGUCUGUGUCAUCCAUUACGCAUAGCCCGUCUCCACAGGACGACACUCCGUUCUCAUACACCAAGCGCAUCUCCAAGGGCUGGCCUCCCAGUAGCACCCGGCACCCGGGUUCUCAAGGAGGUACACCACAGCCACCAGAGUCGGCUCUAGGACAGGGCGGAGGUGAAAAUGGCGUCCACGUCCCGAACGAGGACUAUUCGACGGAACUCUCGGUGACCAUCGCGGUGGGAGCGUCGCUGUUGUUUCUGAACAUCUUGGCGUUUGCCGCCCUACUCUACAAGAAAGACAAGAGGCGGCUGGAGCACCGACGGCCCCGGCCGCUCCCUCCCCCGCGGCGAGAUAUCACGGCUGCGGAUGUAGCCGCUCACCUUCAGGGUGAAGGACUCAUGUCGUUACAGGUGAAGCAGCUAGAAUCUGACGCGGCGUCAGCGGACGAGAGAAACAACGCACACCAUCAUCACACUCUGGACACGCUGGACGCUCUGGACGGCUUGGACACGCAGGACAUCUACAGCACCCUGGACACCGUACGCCUCACCUGCCCUCCCGACUACACCCUCACCCUACGCCGUUCUCCCGACGACGUCCCCCUCAUGACCUCGCUCACCCCAGGCUCUCUCCCCGUCACGCCGGGCUCGCACACGGUGACCCCCGCCACACCUAUGACCCCUAUGACGCCCGGUUCUGUGGUUGGGAUGCGGAUGGGCCACCCUCACCAGGGAUACACGCACCAUAGUCCCUAUAGUAACACACACUUGCCGCACACACACAUCUCCACGCACACACACUCUACCACGCGGGUAUAACCGCGGCAAGAAUCAUGCCCCAGGCGGGACAUAAUUACAACAUGCUUACACACAUGUACACACACACACAGACACCAAACAAUGAUAGGACACAAAUACCUCUACUAAUUACCCUGCAGGAUUGUUCAAAAUGGAUAAGCAAGGCAAAAAAAAAAGAGCAUUUAAGGUGGACAGAUUUGUAAAUGGCGCAUCGGCUAUGACGACGAACAACUUAUAUUUUUCCAACUUGACUUGAAGGAUUGUCUAAGUUGAGAAAAUGAAAAAGAAAACACAUUGAAAGAGAAAAAGGGACUAAGGCUGUCCACGUGAACAACCUGUGAAAUGUGAAUGUAGCAUUCUUUUACUGUUUUUCGACAAACGAGAUCAAAGUUGAGCUGAAGAGAACAUCGAACAGCGGGAGAGGGAAUUUAAAUUUCAAAGAAAAUAACUUUAGCUGAAGGAAAAAGAAGAGAUGGUGACUUUUUGGAGAGGGAUAUACUAUACCAGCCCUCCAUGAUGUUCUACUGGAACAUCCAUCUAACCAGCUAUGUGUUCAACUAUUGUAAAUAGAAUGGAAAGAUGAUAUAUUAUGAUUUAUAGCAUUUACUUGAUCUUGCAUUGACUUAUUUAACCACUUUCAUUUCGGAUAUUACUCUAUUGUUGUAUAGAUGUCUUGAAGCAAGGCCGGUUCUGUCUCUCACCCACUUUAGUAUUUAAAAAGGCUUUAUUUGCUAGACACCAUCAUUUCAAUAAGUCUCAUGUAAUCGUCUCGGAAUACUUGUGUCUUGGUAAGACUAUUGGGGCAUUUUCAAAACGCCGUCUUAUCUGAGAGAGAACUGUGUAGAUAAUGCGACAUUGCUAAGACGAUUGAGCACCAGCCAAGCAUUAACAACUCUUGCCCUACCUUGUUGUUCCUUUACAUUCUUAAAAUGGUAAUACAGUUAUCAUCACACUUUCAAUGACAAAAAUGAAACCUUAAAACAAGAAGGAUUAUUUUGGAAAAAGACAAAAAAGUGAGAGAAAGGCCUUUCUAUGUGAAAACAGCAUUAUUAUUGACUCGUUGCCUGCCAUUGAUGGCGGUAGAUGUCCACUCAAUUUAAACUGGCAAUUUAAACUUGUUCGCUCUAUCGCCGUCAAUGGCAGUAAAGAGUUUUGACUUGCAGUUUUUUGCGUUUGACCUAAUAUGAAAAGAUAGCAUUUAGAUGAAUUUAAAGCCAUCCACUUUUUAUUUUUGUAUUUUUUUGUUGUUGUUAAAUUAUUGUCUUAUUCAUUUUAUUUAUUCAUUUGUGCCAUUUUUCACCCCUUUUUGACAAACUAGUCACUUUAUGAAAUAAAUGAAAAAUAUUGGUAAUUAUUUUGGCAGUAAAUUAGUUUUGACAUCCAUCCAUGCUGUUAUUCAUUAAUUUAUAUAUUAUAGAUUUUAUCAUUAUUAUUAUUAUUAUUUUCUUCCCUUUACUACUACUCACUUGUUGACCUUAAAAAAAUGAUUGUUUUGGCAGAUAAUAAGUUUUAACAGCCAAUUUUUGCAUUUAUCUUAAUUUAAGGAUUGCAGUCUGACAAGAAGCAUUAAAAAAGUACAUUGACUAAAACUGCCCAUUUUUUAUUUUUUUAUUAUUUUUUUUUUAAAUAAUUUAUUUAUCUUGUAUUUUAUUUCCUUCUAAUUUUUUUUUAUAUAUAAAUCAGUUGUUUUAACCAACUAGUAACUUUCCGUAAUUUGAAAACUAUAUAUUAAUUAUUAAUAAUUGUCACCACACAGGGCAAGAAUCAUAACCGAAUGAUUUCGCCCCAGCCAUUUAGCAAAUCCGUUGAUGAUGAUGAUGCUGAACUACAAUUAAAUUCAAUAACAGAAAUAUAUACAGGUAUAUAAAUAUUUUUAAAAUGAUGUUAAUCUAAAAAAAAAAAAAAAAAAAAAAAAAACACAAUAAUAAUUUUGUAACAUCUUGCAAUAAUUUCCUGUAAAUCCAAAUCCAAAUAUUCUAAAAGUGCUCUAUGAAAUGUUCAAUAAUUUUCACUUUCUUAAAAAUAAUAUAUAAUUCAACUGUUUGUUGUUCAAAACUUGAUCAACUACUCUCAAAUCGACUUUUGAACAUUUCAAGCGUCCUCGGGAGGAACAUUUCAGAAACCAAUUGUCAUUCUUUAAGUCGAGCGUGGGCUUGUGUAAAUCAUGACGUGCUCUCAUUUGGGAAGUUAUCCAGCUGGCUUCACUCACAAUGCUAAAGGGCUCUUUUGUCACUUUGUAUCACCGCGUCACGUUUCAAAGCGUUUGGAGAAUAAAAUACCAGUCCAUUCAUAUUAAGUCGUCAUGUCGCAAAAGUGAUGCUGUUCUCAUAGCUGCCACUAAAAUUGACAAAGGGCCAGUCUCGUUGCUGUUGUAAAUCCAAAGCCUUGCCUGUUUGCCAAUCCUUUUUAUUUGGCUUUUCACUUUACUAGCUUGUUUUGUCCUUUCCCUUUAUACAAACCUACAUUUUCCAAACCUAUUUAUGAAUCCUUGACUCAUGAGAAGUUUUACUUAACUCCCUCACGUGAAACAGAACACUGUAAAAUUGUGGAUGGCAAAAUAAGUGCUUUUGCAGAAAAAAAAGAAAACAAAUAUUUCAUCCAAAUAAUGUUAAAAGAGCGUCAAUCUUUUCCAAAUUGACUUGGUGGAUGGCUAGAUUGUGUCAAAGCAUAAAACAUUUCUGCUGCAUUUUUGAAAAAUAAAAAUAUUAAUAUUUUACAAGUUAUGAGCAGUUCAACUUUUCUAUGUUGUUAUUCAAAAUUCGCUUGUAAAUGUUUUCUCUGGUUUUGGGGAACCUUAUAGAGAAAAAAAUAAAUUGUGGAUAGCGUCAUUUAUUUUAGUAAUUCAAUUUAAAAAGUGGAAUUAAUACAUACACAAACAUAAAGAAAAUGACUUACCAAAAGGCCAAUUACAAUAAAAUGGGUUAUUAUUAUUAUUAUUAUUAUGUAAAUUUAUUGUAAUUUCCUGAGGUUGAGUUUUGGAUGUCCGCUCUAAAUUAUCAUCCAAUUACUCAAAAUAAAUAAAAUUAAGAAAUAUUUAUCUACAGUAGGUUCGUACACAUUUUGAACCUAAUUCAGUUUUUUUUUGUCUUGUAGUGCUAAAUUACUGCAAUUGAAUAUAAUUGGUCAGACUCUGCUUAACUCAAAUGGAUUGGAUGUUUAUUAAUCGAUAAAGAAAUUGGGAGGAGGGUGUUUUUUUUUUUUUUACUCAUCAGCUGCCAUUGACAACGGUUGACGUCCAAUCUAUUUGAAGUGGCAGAGCUAGCAGCUAAUGAAUGAGUGAGUCACCCUGAUUUGAUUCCACACAAUGGCGUACCGCACGCAUGCUAUUUUUAGACAGUGACAUCGUAUCGUAAAGCGGAAGUAGAGCCGAAGUGGGACAUUAUAGACCCGCCCUCGCAUAGAAACAACGUAAUUUGUGCCACUUUUCUCCGGUAAUCUUUCAAAAACGAACAUGCCGAUCACGCAUUGCUUUUUUGGAACUUGUAGAAACGACUCUAGACAUUACGACACAUGAAGCAUGUUUUCUCCAUACGUUUCCGGAAACCAAAAACUCUGGAAGAAAAAAUGUGAAGACCGAAUCAACUUGCGCGGACUUUAACACCAG